AUGCCUAAAUGUCUUAUCCAUGCUGUGAGAGACUACCGGACAGGUCGAUGGUUUGGAGGUUCAGAACGUGAUCCUAACGUCAUGACGACACGUUCCGGCUUGGCAAUAAAGAAGGUACCGUUCCGUAACAAAAAUAAAGCAUCCGGUACUCACUCUCCACAGAAAGAGGUCAAGACCAAUCCAAGAAACGCACAGAAGAAGAAAAAAUACCCCAUUGUCAAGUACAAGUCUAUGAGUUACAUGUCAUUCGUUACAAGGUUCCAAAUAAGUUUACGCGUGCCACAUCUGGAGUUGGCUGGUGUGAACCCCAGGGAGACAUUGGAAUGUUUUGGGGAAUAUCCAUGUGAGAAUCGGUCCGACCUGCCGAGUGACUACAGCACCGAAUCGAGCGAUGAAUGGGAAACUGACGAUGAAUACGAAAAUGAUGACGUUUUCUUGGGAACAUGCCAGGAAGAGGUCGAUUUCGGGAUACUCGAUGAUGAUGUCAUGUCAGAUGAUUCACAACUAGACCCAAUAGUUGACUUUGAUUCUGAUCCAAAGCUUGAUGUUUUACAGCGAAAACAACACCGACAUUACGACAAGAACGACAACUCAUAUCUCAACGACUCUGAUUCCAAUGAAAGUGUGCAGAAUUUUGCCGAUUUAUGUAUGACAGACGACUGUGAUUCGUCGCAACCAGAAAGUAAUGACGGGAUGACGGAGUAUGCGCGAAACUUGUUGGAGUCCGGUCGACACCGGAGAGUCAUGCUUGACGUCCAGCCUGGGGAGACAUAUGAUAAGUCGUCAGCUCUGCAUUGUGACGAUUGCAACAAAACGUUCGCGUCACUCUCCGCCUUUACUGCCCACUUGCGAUCUCAUCAUAUGAAACAGAAGAACAAAUGCGAUAUAUGCGGGAAAAUAUUCACACGGUCAUGGCUCCUUAAGGGUCAUACUAGAACCCAUACUGGCGAACGACCUUUUACGUGUCCCAGUGUUGGCUGCGACAAAGCAUUCGCUGAUAAAAGUAAUCUGCGUUCUCAUAUGCUAAUUCACUCCGUGAAGUGCAAGAACUUUUCCUGCGAGCGAUGUGGGAGAGCUUUCGCACAAAAACGGUAUCUGCACAAACAUAUGCUAGAAGUUUGCAGACUCUUGUGA